AAAAACACAAAGCAGUCUACCUAAAUUAGCUAAACAUAUAACAAUCCAGAACAACACUGGAUGUUUUCCUAAGGAAAUGGGAUGCAUUUCCCACGAAAGGUGUGUCCUCAUCAUGCUGCCAGGAACGCGAAUUCCAGUAACAGAAAGUUACGGCGAUUGACGUUAUAGCCUCCCAACUUAAUAUCUUCGUCAAAUAUUUGAUAGUCGUGUAACUGAAUAGGUUCUAUCAGCGGACUCGAAUCCAGCAUUCAAAGCUUUAAUCAGACUUUAUUAAACUACUUACUCUGAUUUAAAAAAAAGUUAAGUGUUAGGGAUUAAAACAAUUACUUCCUCUUCAAACUGACGUUGAAGUUUCAACUUCGCUGCGUUUGAAAUUUAGUAAGAAUGUAUUUGCAAAUCCUUGUAUCAAUGACUUGUGCAACACUUGUCAGUGGGAUGGACCUUCAAUGUUACAAUGACUAUGAUGAAACCAUGGAUUGCCAUUUUUCUUCUUUGAAGUCCAACUGUAGUGAAUAUAACCUGGAAUUGAAAACAUCUGAUCCGAACGACUCCUAUAGUUGCAUUUUCAAAGAAAUAAUGAGAUCAAGCGAUGUCAUAUGCAGUUGCUCUAUUUCUAUGCGAUCUCUAAUAAUCUCUGAAGAAUUUACAGCAACUCUAAGGAAUCAGAGUUUCAGAAUCCGCGUCAGUAACAGCAUUAAACCAAAACGUCCCAAAAUUACAGAGGUGAAACAAUCACCAAAUGGAAAUUUCUGGGUAACAUGGACAACAAACCAUAAAAAAACAUUAGCCGAUAAACUGACGACUGAACUGACAUACAAAAAAACGGGAGAUAUAGAUGGGGUGUCCCAAAAUACAUCAUCUACUUUCUUUGAGAUACUUGGGACGGACUUGGAGCCAAAUACAAAGUAUGUUCUAAUAAUCAGGACAUACACUGAUUUCAGCGAACGUUUCAGUGAUAGCAGUGAAGAGUGGCACUUUACUACCCCUGUGGGUUCAUCUCAUGUAUUCAAGAUUGUCAUCGUUGCUCUGUCCAUUGUCGCCAUCAGUCUAACAUGUUUCCUGUUUUGGUGUUUUAUCAGACUCAAAAGUAAGUGCUGGGAUACGGUUCCUAAAUAUCCUUGUCCAGCCCUUUUGAAAAUUGAUUCUAAAGAGCCUUGGAUAUUAUCUCCUUCAAAGACCCCUUUGUGUCCCAUCUCAGUUGAUUCUCUUAAGAUGAAUGGGACAGAAGGAAAACAAUUGGCUAUUCAAGAUGGGAGUGGUCAGAGGCACGAGUAUGAAAGUGAAGCAGUCCAUGACUUUUCUUCCCAGAGUUAUGCUCUCACAUGUCCACCGCCAAUGAAUGAUUUGACACCAUGCAAUGGGCAAAAACAAAUCGCAAAAACUCAAGCGGAACUCUUCAAAGUCCUUCACAAUCUUUCCAUGUCACAAUGCUACUUGAAUGUUCCCAACUCAAAACCAAUCAACAAUCUAGAGUCAGUGAUGGAAAGCCCAACCUGGUUAACUAUGGGGCAUGCAAUUCCUUGUGACGGUAGUUAUAAUUCAAAUGAAAUUAAGGUCACCUUUCCUCAAAUAUUUCUUGGUACAAAUCAAGAUCCCACAUUGUCUCCUUUUGAAGAAGACUCCUCUUACCACCCUUGUACUAAUGGUUUUGUGAGUUCCUCACCAGUAGAAGACAUCAGUCUGACUUGCAAAACUAAGGAACACAACACACCUACCCCUACAUGCAGCCUUUUACCAAGUGGCGAUGAUUACCAAGCGUUACAAAGCCUACAACAGCACAACUCAUGUCAGUGGACUUUAAGUCACAGUGCUGAGCAAGACAGACUAUGUCCAGAGAGUAAACACCUUCAAAGCUCAGAGACUAUGCCUCUGAAGCUCAUGUGCAACUCCCAGGAAGGACUGUUCUUUUCCAUGAGUACUUUUCCUAACAAAAUGGAGCAAAUCGAUGAUUAUCACUGUGUGUAACAUCUCAUCAGGCAGAGAAAUGUACAUUUUGUCUUUAGUUUUAGUAUUUUUUACCUUGGGCGAAUAUUCUUUUCAACAUUAAUACGAUAAUCAUGGCUAAAUUAUCAUACGCAUGUAAAUAAUGCUUCCACAGAUUUUAUCAUUAGUAAUUAAAAAUACUUGGUUAGACAAACCAUUAGGUAACAUGUUAUGAAAUAUGCAUCAGUGCUGUUUGAAAUAUGGCACAAGAAACUUUGCAGGCCUUCUAACUCGAAUAGAUACAGUAUCCACAGGAGUCCACUGCCUGCUAUACUACAACACUUCAGUCAUCUACAUGCUGAGAAAAUUCACACUUAUGACCCAUGCAAAUUAUCUAGGCAUAUGUUUACAAAUGGACUGCUAUUUGAAUGGCAAUGUAAAUGUGUGACAUGCUUAACUUCAACCUUGUAAUAUAUUAAAAUUGUAAUAGACCCAAAUGAAAAAUUUGUAUUCUAUUAGAAUUUUAUUUAGAUUGCUAUAAGUUUAACUAUCGGACUAUAACCACUAGUAUUACUAAGACCAAUGAGUAACUGACAGUUUGAAAAGUGUUCGUGACAAGGAAGGAAUGUAUACUUCCUCAUUGUGGUCCUCGAACAUUGCACAUCUAUGAAAAUAGUCCACACCCAUUGCGACACAGAUAAGCCAUCUUCUAAAGACAGCAGUAGAUCAAUAGAUAUUUGCACAUUUCAAGGCUUAGCCAGUUUGUCCCAAACAUAUUGCAUGUCAUGCAAACUGCUUGCAAAAAUUCAUAAUAUGCAAGCACAGCUGUAAUACCUUCUAAAAAAGGAUGAAGUUACGAUUUGAAACGUAACCCAUUAUGACCUUUUACAUUGCAUGUCAAAGCAGUAAGGGUCAUGUUUGACGCAAGUCUAUGAGUAGCUACCAUGGUACUUGAGCAGGACUAAAGUCAGCUCAAAAGGAUGCAGGCAGAGCACAGCAGUAAUUUCAAACCCCACAAGGUGUAAAGUAAAAAGAUGAAACUUCAAAUAUGUACUUAACAUGUGUAGGCAUACUUGGCAAUAAAGUUGAUUCUUGUAUACUA